UUAUUGUGGGGAGUAAAGCCACCUGAGCUGUGUAGUCAAGAGACUCUCUUUCCCAGACGUCUGUCGUUUUUACUGGUGUCUGUUGUUCAGCACAGCCGGACGCCAUGCCCACUGAUGCCCAAAGCGAUGCCCGCUCCUUCCUGACUGAGGAGAUGAUUGCAGAGUUCAAAGCCGCCUUCGACAUGUUCGACACCGACGGUGGCGGUGACAUCAGCACCAAGGAGUUGGGUCAGGUGAUGAGGAUGCUGGGCCAGAACCCAUCGAGGGAGGAGUUGGAUGCCAUCAUUGAGGAGGUUGAUGAGGAUGGCAGCGGUACCAUCGACUUCGAGGAGUUCUUGGUCAUGAUGGUGCAACAGUUAAAGGAGGACUCAGCCGGAAGGAGUGAAGAAGAGCUUUCAGAAUGCUUCCGCAUUUUUGACAAGAACGGAGAUGGUUUCAUCGACCGGGAGGAGUUUGGAGAAAUCCUCCAUCUCACUGGAGAACCAGUGGUAGAGGAAGAUAUUGAUGAGAUGUUCGGUGAAGCAGACAACAACAAAGAUGGAAGGAUUGAUUUUGAUGAGUUUCUGAAGAUGAUGGAGAACGUCCAGUAAUGAGGCCGGCUCUACAUUCCUUGGUGACCCUUCCUCAGAGAGAAAACAAAGCAUGCUAUCGGAUGGAAAUGUGCUUCAGAGCAAACUCGAAAUGCUAUAAACCCUGUGCAGUUAUGAACGUGAGGUUGUUCCUGAGACGUCUAAAUGGAUACAAGUGAAAUACCUCCACCCCCGCCCUUAUUCUCCUUCUCAUAUGAAACCCAGGGGCUCGGCGAGGAAUUCUAUAAAUAUCCGUGCAAACCUUUUAAGACGAAGGCCCUUUCCCCUGGCCACCUCCUUGAGCCGGCCACCCAGCUGUCCCCUUUGCAGCUGCUGUCUCUCCAGAAAUGCUACACCAAUAGCUUAAACCCCCGUCCCCCCCACCCCACACCCCCACCCACACCCCACCUCCUCCUUCUCCUCAAAGCUGAAUAUCUUCUCCACCCUGUUCUGUGCUUUCUAAAUAAAUCCACUUUCUCCUUGUU